AUGGAAGUGAAGCCGCACACGGCACGGGUCCUGGUGGGCCGCCUGCACGGCGCCACCGCGGCUUGCGACGGGGCCGCGGCGGCGGCGGCGGUGUCCGAGAUCCGCCUCGCCUCCAAGGAAGACCCCGAGAUCCGGGCGCCGCUAGCGGACGCGGGCGCGGUGCCCCUCCUCGCCGCGCAGCUCCACCACGCGUCGCCCGUGUCCGUGGACGCGGCGGCCGCGCUCCUCAACAUCUCCAUCUCGGCGCGGGACCAGGUGGCGACGGCUCCCGGCGUGCUGGACGCGCUGACGUCGGCGCUGCGAUCCGGCCACGCCGCGCACCACGCAGCGGCCGUGGUCUACAGCCUCCUCUGCGGCGGGGAGUCCCACCGCGCGGCGGUGUGCGCGCGGCGGCCGCUGCUAUCGGCGCUGGUGGCGCUCCUCCGCGCGUCGCCCAAGCCCAGCACGCGCGCCACCAAGGACGCGCUCAAGGCGCUGUUCGGCGUGGCGCUGUACCCGCCGAGCCGCGCGACGCUGGUCUCCCUGGGCGUCGUGCAGGCGCUCUUCGCGCUGGUGAUGACGGACGAGCGGAACGGCAUCGUGGAGGACGCCACCGCCGUGGUCGCGCAGGUGGCCGGGUGCGCCGAGAGCCUCGAGGCGUUCCGGUGGGUGUCCGGGGUGCGCAUCCUCCUCGACCUCGUCGAGGCGGGCGGCGCCGCCACGCCCAGGGCAAGGGAGAACGCCGCCGCCGCGCUGCUUAACCUCGUCGUCGCCGGCGGCGAGGCGGCCGCGGCUGAGGUGGUCGCCGUCGGGGGUGCUGAGGAGACCGUGCGCGAGCUCGCGGAGGACAGCGCCGCCAGCCCCCGCGGGAAGGCCAAGGCAGAGGCGCUGCUGCGCGCGCUCGAGGGCGCCGGUCCCGCCGCCAGGAGGCGCGAGCACCGCCUCUCCGAUUUCCUCGACGGCCUCGUGCAGUCCGAUCCCUACAUCUCGUCGCCGGCGUCGGCGUCCACGCACGGCUAG